AAAAGGUUUUUCCGCUUCCUAUUUUGCAAGUGCAAUUUUGGGUCGAAAUCAGAACACUCAAGUCCCAACCCGGGGGGGGGGGGGGAGUGGGAGAGAGAGAGGAAGUGCGUGCGUGUCCGCGGUCUGAGUAUAAAUGUGUAGUAAGCAAUAAAAGACAUGCGAGACUCUUCACAGGGGAGCUGAUUCCCAGGCCCUUUUUCUUCAAAAUCUGAUAUUUACUCACCGUUAAUUUAAUAAUCGACAUCUCCCACACCAAAGCCUUGUUAUAUUUAUUGUCUAUUUUUCAUUUUCCGCUCCCUCUUUCUCUUGUAUAUCGUUAGUAUUGGCGUUUCUUGGACUUGGAGUCCUGCGUUUUUGUCUUUUGACAUCUUCGGCUUCUGCCCCAUGACCAGAUUCUGUUUCUCUUCAACCUGAUCGGAUAGGGGGGCACUACCCUCAUAUUUCGGAACCUGGAUGACAACUCUGCCACUUCGAUUUUCUUCAUAGUUGGAUUGGAGUUUGAACCCUUGAUUGGACAUAAUUUCCUGUACAUACUAAUAGCUACAGUUUUUCCCCCCGGGUUAUAGAUUUGUGAAGCUUUGCUUUGGUUCCGGAGAAUGGGCUGUUUUUCGUGUUUCGAUUCGAAGGAGGAUGAGCAGCUCAAUCCUCGGCAAGAAACCGAUGAUCGAACACAAGGCCACCCAGCUGCCUCCUCUCACAUUUCCAGAUUGCCGUCUGGAGCAGACAAGCUUCGCUCAAGAAGUAGUAAUGGAGGAUCCAAAAGGGAACUGCCUGCUCCUAAGGAUGGGCCUGGCGUCCAAAUUGCUGCCCAAACUUUCACUUUCCGUGAACUUGCAGCUGCCACUCAAAAUUUUAGGCCAGAGUCCUUUAUAGGGGAAGGUGGUUUUGGACGGGUGUAUAAAGGACGUUUGGAAAGCACGGGUCAGGUUGUUGCUGUUAAACAAUUAGAUAGAAAUGGUCUUCAGGGUAAUCGAGAAUUCCUAGUGGAGGUUCUCAUGCUUAGUCUUCUACAUCAUCCUAACCUUGUGAAUCUUAUUGGUUACUGUGCUGAUGGGGACCAACGUCUCCUUGUGUAUGAGUUUAUGCCGUUGGGAUCAUUGGAAGACCAUCUUCAUGAUCUUCCCCCUGAUAAGGAACCACUUGAUUGGAACACUAGGAUGAGAAUUGCAGCCGGUGCAGCGAAAGGAUUGGAAUACUUGCAUGACAAGGCAAAUCCUCCAGUUAUUUAUAGGGACUUCAAGUCAUCUAAUAUAUUAUUAGAUGAAGGAUUUCAUCCAAAGCUUUCUGACUUUGGUCUUGCGAAGCUUGGUCCGGUUGGUGAUAAGUCGCACGUUUCCACCAGAGUCAUGGGAACUUAUGGUUACUGUGCUCCUGAGUAUGCCAUGACUGGACAACUGACCGUGAAGUCUGACGUCUACAGUUUCGGGGUAGUCUUCUUGGAGUUGAUUACUGGUCGGAAAGCCAUCGACAGUACCCAGCCUCAUGGAGAACAGAACCUUGUUACAUGGGCACGUCCACUGUUCAAUGACCGCAGGAAGUUUUCAAAAUUGGCAGAUCCUCGGCUUCAGGGACGGUAUCCCAUGCGGGGUCUUUACCAGGCAUUAGCUGUGGCAUCAAUGUGCAUCCAAGAACAGGCUGCCACACGGCCACUGAUCGGAGAUGUGGUAACGGCUCUAUCCUAUCUGGCCAACCAGGCAUACGACCCUAAUGCAUCCGGGCAUGGUCACCGGGUUUUGGGUGACGAUAAAAGGAACAGAGAUGAAAGAGGUGGAAGGAUAUCCAGAAAUGAGGACAGUGGAGGAUCCGGACGCCGAUGGGACCUCGAAGGGUCCGAGAAAGAGGACUCGCCACGAGAAACUGCGAGGAUGUUAAACCGGGACCUAGAUAGAGAACGUGCAGUGGCAGAAGCCAAGAUGUGGGGAGAGAAUUGGAGAGAAAAAAGACGGCAAAAUGGGCAGGGCAAUUUUGAUGCUUCCAAUGCAUGAAAUGCUUUUAGGCACACAAUUUCUUUACCAUCACAAUCUUACAUGUUAGCUGCUUAAUUUACUCUGCUUCUCAGUUCUCACCGUGCGAGGUGGAAUUUUAUUGAGAGCUGAUUCUUUUAAGCUGCUCUACAUUAAUAAACCUAGCUACCGUUUUGUUGGAUGCUACUGCCUCUGCCUGGGUUCUACUGUGUUUAGAAUCUUUGUCCAGUGGCCAUUUCAUGCCAUGGCCUUAACAUAAUGAGAUUUGUUGACGCAAUCUUCUCGAA